AUGAGCAAAUCUGUGGUGGUUGAUAAUGGCUCUUAUGAGAUGCGUUUUGGAUUAUCGGGUGAUGAGAUCCCACUCGAGACGUUCCACACAAUGGACAAGGAAUUCUUACACAAUGGACAGGCUCCAAUGAAAAGAGGAUUGAUCAAUGAUUUUGAUGCCAUGGAUAAAGUUUGGCGCUACGGAUUUAAUGCUCUUCAAAAACCCGAACAUGACUUGGAUUCUUCGCCAUUGGAGAUGAGUGUCAUCAUGUCGGAACAUCCUCUUGCUCCCAAGCUACAUACUGAAAAAAUUACUCAACACGUUUUUGAACAAUAUGAAGUACCAGCAUUUUACAUUGCUAAUCAAGGUCUUUUAGCUUUAUAUAGUUGUGGUAAAAUUACUGGUAUUGUUUGUGAUGUUGGCUACGAACAAACAAGAUUUACGCCAAUAUAUGAAGGAUUGGCAUUUACACAUGCUGCUGAUUUUGUAAAUAUUGGAGGAAAGCACGUCAAUGACUAUCUUAAGCAAUUGAUCUUAAAGCAACUAGAGUCACAAAAAUCGUCUGAAAAGCCAUUAGACGGCAUGGAUACCACUGAUGACUCGUCACACCCAAAACCUACUACUAAGAAUACUCUGAAUGCUGACUUUUUGACAAUGAACGAACAGGAGCUCAACCAUACAUUUAACGAUGAAGUAAUUGAGCAAAUGAAACGAAAGUUAGCUUUUACAACAAAUUACGAAUAUUCUAAGCAAUUGAAAAUGUCGCAAGAGUUGAAACAAAAGACUGAAGAGAGCAUUCAAUCGGGUGCGGAUUCCGGCGACCAACAAGGAGACAAGAAAAAGCAAGCUAAAACCAAGUCUGCCGCUUUAAAUUACUAUAAGGAUUAUACUCUUCCUGACGGUAAAAAGAUAUGGGUUGGACAGAUUGAGAGAUUUUUACCUACUGAGGUUUUCUUUAACCCCUCAGCUCACAACAAGGAGCUCGAGAUUCCUGGUAUUCAAACAAUUCUUUUUGAGUGUGCUAGUCAGUGUGAAUUCGAUACAAAGAAAGAAAUGCUGUCAAAUGUCAUUGUUUGUGGAAGCACAGCCUCUAUUAAUGGCUUCCCCAAGAGAGUGAGCAUUGAAGUUCAAGAACUAGCUACUACAAGCACAGUUGUAAGCUUAAUUGAGUCCAAAGAUCCUGUGAAUGCUGUUUGGUAUGGUGCUUCAGUUCUCUCCUCUCUUUCGUCCUUCAACCUAAUGUGGAUUAAGAAGGGAGAUUACAAUGAGUACGGUCCUCAAAUUAUUCAUAGAAGAACUUAUUAA